CAGAGUCGAACUCUCGCUUUCUGGGGUUGACAAACAAACAGACAAUCUUCGUUGCGGUUUGCUGGGUUUGGUUUGGCACCUGAGAGAGCGCUUCUCAAACCCUAGGAAAAAGGGUCUGUCGUCAACUGUACGGAACAUUAAAAAAAAAAAAAAAAAAAAAGCCCGAAGGGUUUUCAAUCUCUGUGACAAGAUCAGCAACACGGAUCUCAACAACGAGGGACAGAAUGGAUCAACAAGGGCAUGGACAGCCACAAGGAGCUCAGCUGCAUUACGGCACGAGCCAAUUUGAACCAAACCAAGUUGGUGGGACCCCUAAUCGAGGACCAGUUGUUACGUCGGUUGGGCCCACACAAUCUCCUAGUCAGCCAGGAGGAGCUCAGCUUGCACAACACCAGCUCGCGUACCAACAUAUCCACCAACAACAGCAACAGCUAUUGCAACAACAACUCCAAUCUUUUUGGGCGAAUCAAUACCAAGAAAUUGAGAAAGUUACUGACUUUAAGAACCACAACCUUCCCUUGGCAAGGAUCAAGAAGAUCAUGAAGGCUGAUGAGGAUGUAAGAAUGAUAUCGGCUGAGGCACCAAUAGUGUUUGCCAGGGCAUGUGAGAUGUUCAUCUUAGAGUUAACUCUGCGAUCUUGGAAUCACACAGAGGAAAACAAAAGGAGGACACUCCAAAAGAAUGAUAUCGCGGCAGCGAUCACAAGGACUGAUAUCUUUGAUUUUUUGGUUGACAUAGUGCCAAGGGAGGAUCUGAAAGAUGAAGCACUUGCAUCGAUCCCGAGAGGAACGAUGCCUGUUGGGGGGCCUGCUGAUGCAUAUCCUUACUAUUAUAUGCCACCUCAGCAUUCGCCUCAGGCUGGAACUCCGGGGAUGAUUAUGGGCAAGCCUGUUCUGGAUCCUGUUAUGUAUGCCCAACAGCCUCACCCCUACAUGGCUCCACAAAUGUGGCCACAGGCACCACAACAACCACAAUCGCCCACGGAUUCUUAGUCGCUGAAGCAUAUACAAUCUCUGGAAAAAAUGGAAGGAGAGAAGUCUGGUUACAUAAAGUGCGCCCCCAGAUGUGAUCUGCUAAAUUAGAUGAGGACUUUGGUAUAAUAUGGCAGAUCAUUAUACUGCUGGUGUUUGUGUUUUGUUUUUGUUUUUUUGUUUUGGUUGUUUACCGUGUCAUUUCCGCUGAAAGUAUAAUUAGAAAUAUUGCCCAAGCAUAAUGCUUUGGCCUAUUACAACUGCAAAAUCCAAAACUGAAUUGUAAUAUCUAGUAUAUUUGAUAGUUGACUAGUGAAUAUUAUUGCGCCAUAUGGGAGUGAUCUGUUUUAUGUUGUU